GAAAACUGAAGACUAUGCUGUAUGUGUAUUGUUUCCUUUGCCUUCCCUAAAAAGGGGAGAACAUUAAAAAAACUACAGCGCUGACAGUUAGAUUGACAAGUAGUUUUGGAGUUUGUAUUUUAUUAUUACUAAACAAUAAUAAUAAAACUAGGUUUUUAACGAAUGCAACAGAAAACAGUGAUUUGUGAUAUUUAAAAAUUAAAUACUUUCAAAAAUGAGUGAAGACUAUUUUAAUUUAAAACGCAAACUUGAAGACCUCGGUUAUAACAAUACUUUACCAACUGACGCCGUCCCGUUAGUAGAAUGUAUUCUAGCGGAUUUAUUACAAACUACUCGUAGCCUACAGCACUACAUGGAUUUAUCGAAAGAAGCUUUAUUGCAGCGUGAUUCUCUAAUGUUAGAGGCAGAACCAUAUAAAUGUGAUAAUGCGAAACUCAUAAAGGAGAACAAUCAACUUCAUAGGGAGGUACUGAAAUUUAAAGAAGAAAAUUUAAGAUUAUCUAAAGAAUGUAAAAGAAAGGUAAAACAUUUAUCAGAAGAACUUUCAAAGAAAGAAACAUCUCUAAGUAAAUUACAGCAUGAAAUUAGAGACUUGAGCUUAAGGGGUUUAUGUGCGGACACUUUAAGUAGUCGUAUCAAAAGAAAGGAUGGUGGUGAUACACAUGCUUCAAAAGUGUGUAUUUGUGGAGAUAAAAAAUCAUGGGAAUUUGAUAAAGAUACUUCAGAGCUUACGAAGAAGAUACAGUUACUGGAGGAGAAAAAUGAACUUUACUCGGAUGAAAUAAUUUUGCUGAAAAAUCAGAUUGAACAUCGGGAUAAUGAGAUAAUCAGACUUAAUAUUUCUUUAGAAGGAGGUCGUCCAUUAAAUGCACUUAACAAAGACUGCUGUAAAACAAAUUCCUCUAUUACAGUUCAGGAUUUACUGAAGAAAUUACAUGAAAUGGAAACUGCUUAUGAUCUUUUGAAAAAAGAACAUGAAAAUAGUUUGGACAAACAGCAUGAAGCUAUGUUAAGAGCUCUUAACCUUGCUGAUAAAAAUAAAGCUUUACAUGAUGAAUUACAAAAAGUGGAUACAUUAGCUUUAAGAGUUGAGGAGGAUUGCAAUAAGAGAUUGGCUACUACGAUGAAUGAGAUAAACUUUUUACAAACAAGAAUAGAAGGUCUAUGUAUGAAAAACACUGAAUUAGAAAAAGAAGUUUCUCAAAGACAUUUGAGAGAAUAUUCUCCCAGUACACAUAAAGUACAAUCAUUGAAUAUGGUAUUAAAAGAAAAAGAGGUUUUACACAAGGAAAUAACUGAUUUAGUUGAUCUCAAUAAAACUUUACAAGAGAAAAUAAUAUUACUUUCACAAAUAAGUAAGGAGGCCUGUAAACUAAGUACUUUGAGUGAUGAACAACACAAGUUAGACUAUCCUUCAAAAAAUGAACUGAUAAAUCUUCUGGAGAAUGAUAGGAAAAAAUAUGAAAAACAUAUGAUUGAAAUACAGGAAAAGUUAUCUGAAACCAUGAGUCUUUUUAGUAAUCAUUUUGUCAAGUGUAAAGAGAAAGAAGCUCCAAAACAUCAAUACCUUCCAUAUGAUAGUAGCUUUGUUAGGGAUUUGCAAAAUAAUCUGUGUGACAGAGAGCAGAAAAUCCUAAUGUUGACUAAAGAAAAUGAUGAUUUAAAGGCCAAAUUGCAUGUUCAUGAUGAAGGUCAUAAACAGAACUACAAAGACAUCAUUAGCCAAUUGAAUGCUGAAAAUACUGAACUAUCUAAGGAGAAUAUUUCACUUAGUCACCAAUUAAGUCAGUGUCGAAGCUUACAGUCUUUAAAGAUUAAUGAAAAAGAUGUUCCAAAAUCUGUUGAAUUACAAAAACUUAAAGUUAAAAUUAAUGAAUUGACUUAUGAAAACCAAUUACUAGUAAAAGACAAACAAGAAUAUAAAUUGCGAUAUAAGGAUGCAAUAGAUACAAUAGAAAAAUUAAAAGGUGAUAUAGCAUUUAAGCAAAGGGAAAUUGAGCAAGUACAAGAGGAGAAUUCCUCAUAUAAAAUGUCACACAGAAAUGGGAAAGCUUCAGUAGACCAUCUGAAAGAAGAGUGCAAUUUUCUGAGAGACCAAAUUAAAAGAAUGCAGUCUGAUGUUAUUAAAGAAAAAACAUUAGCUAAUCAAAUAAAAAAUAUCCAAUUAGAAACAGAAAGAAGUAGUAAUGAAAUACAAAAUGAAUUAUUGAGUGCUCAAAAAAAGUUUGCCUUAUCAAAAGAUACUAUUAAUUCACUAGAAAAAAAAUGUACUGAUCUACAAUCAGAAAUUUUAGUAUUAAGAAGUGAUAAAUCAAAUCUAAUUGAAAAUAUAAGAAGGUUUGACCAGGAGCGUGAUAAGUUGGUAAUAGAAUUGGAUAAUAAAACAGAGGCUACUAGUGUUCUUGAACAAAAGUUAAAGUCACAAACAUAUGAAAUAAGUCAAUUGGAAAAGGAAAUAGCAGAGUUGAAACGAAAAUUAAAUGUAAGUAAAGUGGCUGAACAUAAGUUAGUAGAUAACGAAGCUCAAAUAAGUUUCUUAAACAGCGAAAUAUUAAGGCUCACACAACAACUUGAAUCAGCUGUUAUAGAAAAUAAACAUUUACAAAAUAGCUUAGCUGAUGCAAAUGGCUCUUUAAAACUGGCAAAUAUUGAGUAUGAAAAAUCUAGAAAGGAAGUUGAUGGAUUAAAGCAGCAACUACAGCAUUAUGUAGCAGAAAUAAGGCGAAUAGAAGAGUUGCUAUCACGAAAAGAGGCUGAAAGAUCUGAUAUGUUAGAACAAUUUGCAAGCUUGUCAGUUGAAGCCAAUAUUUUGGAAAAUACAAACCAUUCAUUAGAAAGUGAAUCUGCAUCUAAAUCUAUGCAAUUACAAUCAUAUAUUACUAAAAUUCAGGUUUUAGAAUCAAAACUGUUAGAUAAAGAAAGUAUUAUAGAAAAUCAAUCGGCUCAUAUUUCAACAAUGACAUGUAAAAUCACUUCAUUAGAAAAAGAAAUAAAGCUUGUUAAUGAAGAGAAAGAAGUUCUCCAACAAAAUAUAAUAUAUUUAAAACAAAUGUAUGGCCAUUUGCAAUCUGAGCACACUAGCAAAUGUAUUGGAGAAUCUGAUUCUGAGCUCAAAGUUUAUGAAAAUAGAAUAAAGUCUUUGUCUCAUGCAAAAACUAUUUUAGAAGUGGAAAAGGAGGAGAACCAGGAAAAGUUGAUGACAACCGAAAGAUUAUUAACUAAUGCCAGACAAGAAAUUGUAGAACUGAAAUUGGCUUUACAGGAUGCAACUUCAGAAACCAAAAGCUUACAAGAACAAGUAAAUAAGUUGAGCAGCAGAAGAGAGGCAGAUGCAUAUGAGGGCAAUGUAUCUAGAGAAGAAUUGGAACUACCAUUAAUGUUAGAGGAAACGAUACAUGAAGUAAGUCAUGAAGAAGAUGAAGAGAGUUCUAGAUACCAUGAAAUCCAUAAGAGAUUAUCAAAGUAUUCCCAUAGUGGUACUAUUUAAAGGGAAUAGAUUAUAGAAGCAAUCUUUUCCUCUGAAUAUUUUGGUAACGUGGCACUUUGUGGUACCAUGCCUUCAUCGUUUGUUCGUCUAUGUGUCCUUUAAACUAUACAUACCACUUCCAUCGUGCGUUGCGAUUUCGAAGAAAAAAUCUAAAUGGCGGCGGGCUCCAUGUGCCACCAGCUUCCAUACAAAAAAGUUCUAAUACCUUUAUAAUAAAUACAUACAGGGUAUACCAAUUACUACGACUUACUAUUUAUUAUUGUUACUAGUAAAUAUAGAUUAUAAAGUCAAUGCA